AAAAUACCAUGGACAAGUAUAUUAAGGUGCAAAAGAUUGGUGAAGGAUCAUUUGGUAAAGCAAUUCUGGUGAAAGCAAAGGAAAAUGGCAAACAAUAUGUUAUUAAGGAGAUCAAUAUAUCCAAGAUGUCAAACAAAGAGAGAGAAGAAUCAAGGCGAGAAGUUGCUGUAUUGGCAAACAUGAAACAUCCGAAUAUUGUCCUGUACAGAGAAUCAUUUGAAGAAAGUGGCUGUCUUUACAUAGUGAUGGAUUAUUGCGAAGGAGGAGAUCUGUUCAAGAAAAUUAAUGCACAGAAAGGUGUCUUGUUUUCAGAAGACCAGAUCAUGGAUUGGUUUGUACAGAUCUGCUUAGCGUUAAAACAUGUACAUGAUAGAAAGAUUUUGCAUCGAGAUAUAAAGUCACAGAAUAUAUUUUUAACCAAAGAUGGCACAAUACAGCUGGGAGACUUUGGAAUAGCUAGAGUGCUCAAUAGUACAGUGGAGCUUGCUCGAACUUGCAUAGGAACGCCUUAUUACUUGUCACCUGAAAUCUGUGAGAACAAGCCUUACAACAAUAAAAGUGACAUAUGGGCUCUUGGUUGUGUUCUCUACGAAAUGUGUACACUGAAACAUGCAUUUGAAGCUGGAAAUAUGAAGAAUUUGGUACUCAAGAUAAUCUCUGGAUCAUUUCCACCUGUUUCUGUACAUUAUUCGUAUGAACUCCGGAAUCUAACUUCACAAUUGUUUAAGAGAAAUCCUAGGGAUAGACCAUCAGUCAACUCCAUAUUGGAGAAAAAUUUUAUAGCUAAACGCAUUGAAAAAUUUCUCACACCACAGCUUAUUGCAGAAGAAUUCAGCCAUAAAGUAUUGCAAAAGUUUGGACAGCAUGCUGCACCAGUAAAGAGACCAGCUCAAGGACAAAACCUGGCCUCCGCUGCACCUGCUCAGAAAAUUACCAAACCUGCUGCUAAGUAUGGAGUGCCUUUAACCUUUAAAAAACCUGGGAGUGGAGCUAAAAAGUACUAUGAGAAGCCUUUGCUUAAAUGUAGACAGGCCUGUCCAUCUCCUGUGAAGAAAGGGAAACCAGGAGAAGAAAGGAGGAAAAUGUUUGAGGAAGCUGCUAAAAAGAAAAGGCUAGAAAUUUUUGAGAAGGAAAAACGACAGAGAGAACAGAUCAGUUUCAUGAAGGUAGAACAAAUGAGAAGACUUGAGAAAGAGAAGAUGGAUCGAAUAAACAGAGCCAGGGAGCAGGGAUGGAGGAAUGUGCUCAGUGCAGGUGGAAGUGGUGAAGCCAAGGCUCAGUGUUUUGGUGGCGGAGGAGGUGUGGUGCCUUCACCUGUGCUAGCUCGAGGACUAUAUGAACACUAUCAUGCUAUUUUUGAUCAGAUGCAACAACAAAGGGAAAACAUUAAAAUAGCAGAGGGAAAAGAGACUGAACUGAGAGAAAAGCAAGCUCCAGAGCCUGUUGACAGAGGACUUCCACCUGGAGUUCAUCCAGGAGUUCCUAAUGGGCCUGCAGGUCAUCAUCAUUCACCUGAUGCUGAUGCAAUUAGGAAAAGAGUGAAAAGAUUCGAGGAAGUGUCUAGACAAGCCAAUGCAAACAGGCACAAAGGAUGGGUGGCUGCAGAAAGAGCUAAACAAGUUGAAGAGUUCUGGCAGCGGAAGCGAGAAGCAUUGCAAAACAAAGCUCGCGCUGAAGGACAUAUGGAUACACUGCAAAACCUGGCAGCUAUCUAUGGAGGCAGGCCCAUUUCUUCAAGAGGAAGGAAAGCCAGAAACAAGGAGGAAGAGGAGUACUUGGCAAGGCUAAGACAAAUUAGACUUCAGAAUUUCAAUGAACGUCAGCAGAUUAAAGCUAAACUUCGUGGAGAAAAGAAUGAAGCUGGAGGUUCUUCUGCACAGGAACUAAGUGAAGAAGCAGAAAUAAGACGUAAAAAAAUUGAAGCACUAAAGGCACAAGCAAAUGCCCGGGCUGCAGUCCUAAAAGAACAGCUAGAACGAAAAAGAAAAGAGGCUUAUGAAAGAGAGAAGAGAGCUUGGGAAGAACAUCUUGUAGCCAGAGGGAUAAAGAAUCCUAUGGGAAUUGCAGAAUUAAGCCCCACACAUGGCAAACUGCAAGCCGGAGGUUCGCCUACCAGGCUGUCAAAGCCCAGUUCACCUCAAGUCAUCUCCGUGACAUCAGCUUUGAAGGAAGUGGGUGCGUUAAAGGAUGCAAAUGCUGUUAUUUCUCAGGAACCUUCGGCAGAACUAGAACCUGAUGUGUCUGUUCAGAGCAAGCGAGAAAUACUCCGAAGACUGAAUCAAAACUUUAAAGCUCAAGAAGAUGUGAAAGAGCACAAUGAGCCCCAAUGCAGUGAUGAAGUAGUGGUGGCUGAUGGAAGUAACCAGCCUCAAGAAGAGAAGUGUUUGAUUUUAGCAGAUCGCAAGAAGUGGGAGGCAGGGGCUCAACUUGUGGUUCCUCUAACUCAGUUAACAAUGGAAGGAUCCUUCUCAGGGACAGAUGCACAAACAAUUGGGGAAGUGAUUAAGCUAGAUGUUGCUGAUCCUCAGCGAAAAGUUUGGGGCAAAAGCCCAACUAAUUCAGUACUGAAGAUACUAGGAGAGGCCGAGUUACAACUUCAGACUGAUCUACUGGAUGACUUAAGCAUUGCCAAUGAAGUACCAAAAGAAAAUUUAACAGUCAAAGAGAAUAGUGAACUGAGAGAAACAACUCCUGGUGGAGAGGAAUCAUCACCUGAAGGAGCUAAUAGUGAAACAAUAACAGCCAGAAGCAUUCCUGCACCAGAAUUCACACGCUUGUCACCCAAGCAUGACCUGAUGGAUGAGCCUGAUGAUUUGGAAACUGAAUUGUUGGUAGAACCGAAAGAGAAUAUAUGCAGUGUGAAUGUAUUCCCUGUUGUUGAAGAAGUGUGGGUUAAAGAAAGGGAAGACGUCAAGGCAACAGUGCCACCGGAUCACACUGAUAGUGACCAGUAUGACAACAGUGAAGAGCCAACCUCAGAAGAAAGAGUAUUUAAAAAGAUGCCACUCCAUGAUGAAGCUUCAGUGGAGACUGGUCUCAGUGAUUCUUUGCAACGUGAGCCCUUUUUCCAGAAGGUGGCACAGUAUCAAGCAAUACUAACAGCUUCCCCAGUUCUGUCUGCACAGUCUUCAUUUGAUGAUUCUCUUCCAACAAGGUCACGUUCUGUAUCACCAGAAAAGACUAGAGGCAAAAACUCACUGUUGAUAGGGCUUUCUACUGGCCUCUUUGAUGCAAACAAUCCAAAGAUGUUGAGAACCUGCUCCCUCCCAGAUCUUUCUAAGCUGUAUAAAACAUUAGUUGAUGUUCCCAGUAUUGCUGACAUACAAAAUCGGGAGAAUCUUGAAAUAGAGGAUAUGGAAGAUGAACCUAUCAAAGAAGGACAGUCCGACUCGGAAGACAUUAUGUUUGGGGAAGCAGACACAGAUUUGCAGGAGCUUCAAGCUUCAAUGGAGCAAUUGCUCAGAGAGCAGCCUAGCGAGGAAUUCAGUGAAGAGGAAGAAGUGACUUUGAAAGCAGAAUGCCUCACGAAUGGUACAGAGGUGGAUGAGGAUGACAACAAUCUCAGUAGUGAAAGUGCUCUUAAUGAAGAAUGGCAUUCAGACAACAGUGAUGGUGAUAAUGCAAGUGAAUGUGAAGAGCAUGAUAGUGUGUUCAGUCAUUUGGAAGAGCUGAGAUGUAGCCUGGAGCAAGAAAUUGGCUUUGAAAAAUUCAUUGAAGUUUAUGACAAAUUGAAGGCUAUUCAUGAAGAUGAAGAUGAGAACAUUGAUAUUUGUUCAACCAUAGCUCAGAAUAUUUUGGGAAUUGAACACAAACAUCUAUAUGCCAAAAUUCUCCAUUUAGUAAUGGCAGAUGGGGCUUAUCAAGAAGACAAUGAUCUGCCUUUGUGAAAUUUCAAGCCAAAUAAUUGUGCUGAACAAAAUCUAUACACCUACAGGACACGAAUGGAAAAAGAACAGUUGUUUGUUGGGGCAGGCUUAAAAAGCUUGUUGAAUGCACAAAGGAGAUGGGAAAACGUGACACUUCUCACUGAAAUGCUGUUUAUAGAUUUCUUUUGACAUGUAUACCCUCAUUUCAACAGAUAACUGGCAAAAGUUACAUUCCUUUUAAAAUGUUCAAGCAGAUAAUAGGUUGACUCAGAGGUGAUUUAAUGUUUGGGAGGUUAUCAUGUAUGAGUAAGUUCCUUGUCAUAUUAGCUGUUGACUGUUCAAAUCUUAAGUAGUUAAAAGAACAACCCAAGAAAAGACCUUUAUCUUUGGUUUAAAAAAAGAAUCCUGAGUAGUAUUAA